UAAUGGCUUCGCGUUACGCAAUUAACGCCCAAAUGGUUACACAAGUACAAAUUAAUAGAUUCCUGAAAAUUAUCCUCAAUAAUUGGAAAAUGAAAUUGCAAAAAAUAGCUGACAUCCUAAAGAUAUCUGUAGACAAUGUAUUCAAUUGUUGUUGUUUUCGCAUUGUAUACUGGGCUUACUCACAGUAGAGCAAGCUACAAAGGCAAAAUUGCAAGACUUGAAGUUUGAAUUGCUGUUUGACUAGCGUAGCAAAACAUGCUUUAGGGGUGAUCCCCAAUCGUUGUAGAAAAAAGACCUAGACAUUUUUUUUGUAAUAUGACCAAUCACUCAGGAUAUGUCUCCUAUAGGUUUGACAUAAAGAUAGUCAGAAAGAAGAAUUUAUUGACCAGUGUAUUAUCUACGAGAGCGACGCGGUUAAAUCAGUCUUGAGGACGACUAUACUGACAAAUAAAAUAGAAUUUGGCAAAAAAAGUGGUUCCUUUACCUCGUCCCGGAAUUUAUUGAUCGAUGUAUUCGAUAAUGAAAGAUAGUCAAAAACUUUUGGGAGCAUUUUUUGCGAUAAAAUAUUAUACAUGUAGAUAGGUAGAUGAAUACACACACACACACACGCGCAUAUAUAUAUAUAUACAUAUAUAUCUAUUUUUACUUUGUUUAUAUAUAUGUGCGCGUACGGCUUCACAUGCUCAAUAUGCUCAUUCCCACCUCUAUUGCAGACCACGAUAGGUAUAAUAUUUUUGACAGCCAUUUUCACGCUUGACUUGACCUCCGGCUGCGGCUGGUCAGAAGCUCAUACUUUUAGGACUAUGAUGGUUUCUGCUAGACAUUUAGCAAAUUGUUCAUUUCAGUAUUCUACUUAUCCAAAAUCGAUCGAGCACCAACAGCUUUCAAGUUUUGUCAAAAUUUAAUACAGCCCGUGUUCACAUGCUAUUGUGUGUCAAACCGCAUCAAUGUACCGCAAUUCAUGAAAAUAUCUCAGAAAUUGCGACCAGCAGGUCGAAUGCAAAAAAAACGAGAUGGACAGACGGACAGACAAGCUUAAAUUGAUUGAGAAAGCGGCUCCCAAUCGGCCGGAAUAAUAAAAAGUGGGCCCAUUUCAAGACCUUCUGGGGGUUGCAUGCGUACGCACAAACUUAAUACAUCCUUGUACCUAUCACAAGCAGUUCCGGUUCAUAUAUUCCUUUUUCAUAUUGAGAGGUUUCACAAACAGGCAAAAGUAACGACAACGAGGAAAUGUAUGUGAAUGGAGCGGCUGAAAACAUUGCAAUGUUCAAGGAUAAGCGAGACUAUCAUCUUUACAAAGACAAGCGAAUGUGAAGCGAAUGAUAAGUUUUGCUAAUUUUGUCAAUCCCUAUAAGAAACCCAGUUAGCAAUUUCUAAACUAACUAAACUAACAUUCAAGAAAACAAAUCGAAUGUAUUGUGCUAUGCAGUAGGGAAAAAAGUAAUGACACGCAUUGGGAACGGGGAGGAAUGCAUUAUAUGUCAUACAUACAUUUAUAAAAUGAAAUAUAAAUGAAAUGAAUUUCCUUUUCUUUGCUCUCUCUCUCUCACACAUAUAUGUUUUGUUUUGUUUCGUUAUUUGUCGUUUUCCAGGUAAUCUUGGCAGUUGUUAUUGCCGUGGCGUACGCUUCUCCCAAACCGGGCUAUUAUGGCAAACAUGAACAUCAUACCAUACACGUUCCAUAUAAUAUUCACACCAUACAUCAUCAUCAUGUACAAAAGGUGCCAGUUUAUAAACAUAUUAUUAAAGAAGUUCCCGUAAUUAAGCAGGUAGUUAAAGAAGUGCCUGUCGUUAAGGAGAUAGUCAAAGAAGUUCCGGUGGUCAAAGAAGUGCACGUUCCAAUCAUUAAAGAAGUUCAUGUACCUGUACAUCAUGUUCAUCACGAAGAUCAUGUUGUGCAUAAAGAUUUCUCCUCGAGUGGCUGGUAUUAGAAUUUUAAGAAGAAUACCUUUACCUUACCGAUCUUGUCCGAUUAUCUUUAAAUUCCUUUUUUUCUCUUCACAUUUUUUUAGUCACAAUGUACAUAAUUAGGAACUUUUCUCUUAUUUUUGUUUUAAUUUUUUUUUUUUUAAUUAUAUUGUAAAAUUAUUAUUAUUUUACUUCUCA